AUGGAUAUUAUAUUUGAAUGGAAACUGAAAAAUAAUUCCGAAUUUGAGUAUGCCGAGUAUUUUAGAAAGGAGGAUUUAUAUCAUUCAAUAAAAUUCUCGAGGAUUUCCAAUUCCUUUAGAAGUGAAAUCAUUGAAG